AUGGAAUUCGCGCAUUGGCGUCCGAUUGGCAGGGGCGAUCCUUUACAAAAUGACCCCACCUUCGACUAUGUUCCUCCGGUAUUAGAGCGUGUUCGGUAUUGGGCUUCGAGUGACGAACGAAACGAGCCUAAAUCUCAUCUACCAGAAGAGGAUCAAAGCCAAAAAUACCACUUUCCACACCAGGAAUUAAGAAGCACUUAUCUCGAAGAAGAUGACCCGAGCAAUCGAGACGAUGAUGUACUGGAGAGUAGGGCAACAGUCAUUAGACGAAAAGAUACAAUCAAUUCUGGUCCAGGAUUUAUGAGGUUUGUGGACGCACCUCGAUUCAGGCCCAGGCCAAUGCAUAAACGACCUAUGCCGGCAACUAUUUUGAUGCCGCCUCCUGCAAUAAAAAAACAGGUUUCGAAACCAGCUCAGGCGAACGCUCUUUGGGUUGAUGAUCCGAGCAUUUGGCUCAGUCCGCCGCCCGUUGGAGGCACGACCGUUGUACCUUCUAAAGAAAUUCUGGUGGACUCAUCAACACCAUUGACAACCUCUGAAACAUAUGUGACAGAUUCUAUUGCGGAGGAAUCGAUGCUCCAACCACAAUCAACUUUGAUACCGAACAACCUAAAUGCAUUGAAAACUUUGCUGCAGAAAGAAGCCGAAGUUACUACCACUUUCAAAGAUGUAGAAAUGCAAACGACAGACAAGACUUUUGAAACUACUUUAAAUACAGAUGUAUCGGACAAAUCACCAUUUAUAUCGCAACAAACAACAGCUUCUUAUGCUACGACAUGGUUUACUAGACCUAGGCCUACAACUACAACUACUGAAGAGCAAAUUUUAGUAGAACAUAGUACAGUGCCAUCUCCAGUGCCCAUGAUAACACAAAAUUAUAUCAGAACCAGCCCUGCACCUAUCUACACCACUACCAGGCGUCCUACGACAACGACUACUUUCAGGCCACUUAUGAACCUUAUAAUUCAAGGACAUUCUAAGGUAAAAACUUACGGACUCAUCCAAAACGACAACUCUCUGAUUGCCGAAAACAUCAGGCAUCUUCAUCCAAAACAACCAGGCGUUCAGGAUCAGGAAUUGACAAAAACAAAACAUUUGCAUGAUAAACACAAGUCUGAAACAAAAACCGAUGGUGUACAAAUUCAACCCAGAGAGGAAGAAGUACAAGAAAAAAACUCCUUUUUCGGAAACAUGUUCGAAAAUAUGGAUUUCGGUUUAGGAUUUUUAUUUAACGAGGCAAAUAAAGAUGCUAAAAAAUCUGAAAACAAAUAUCGCUUUUUGGAUCAAGAUGAAAUUAAGAAUGUGGAGGAUGUACAAACAGUACAGCACUUGCACUUCGGUAAUGAAGACAAGGAAGAAGUUGAUACUUCGGAAACACUGGCCAAAAAAAGAGAAUCUAUGUUGGUAUCGCUUCAAGGUUUAGUGGAUUCAAAAUCACAAGCCUUAAGUGAUGAUAUCAUAAAUCGACGAGAGAAAAGGAUUGCUCAAAUUAAGGUAGAAAAUAAUAAUGCACAAAUAACUUCUAAAUCAUAA